CCGUCUGGUCUCCCCACUUCCCCCUUGAUCCUCCGGCUGUGAAGAGCCUCGUCCUUCAUUUAUCCUCUUGUAGAUCCAACCAAAUCAGCCUUCACCCUUCAUCCCCCUCCUGUCGAUAAGUCACUAUGGUUGAUUGGCAGUCCGUACCAGAGCUCAUGCACGAUGCAGAUGCCUUCGGAAAGUUCAUGCACGCGUUGCUCGGUCUAUAUUUAUGGGAAUGGUUCACCUCCCUUGACUUCGAUCUUGCGUUCAUCAUUGGCAAAAGAAAAUUCCGAUGGCCACUGGCUUUCUACUUCGUUGGGCGCUACAGUAUGUUGGCUGCGCUAGUGGGAAUUGUUGUUGCCUUGAAUGUCAGGACGGAAGUGAAUUGCCAGGCGUUGUACACAUUCAACCAAAUCGCCGGCAAUUUCACCAUCGGGUUUGCAAGCAUCAACCUGUCCCUUCGAACUAUGGCGAUCUGGUCGCAGAACAAGCUUAUCGUGAUCCCACUCGCCGCCAUCAUCUGUGGACACUGGGGUCUGCUCUUGCGGGGAGUCGUGCUUGUCAAGGCGCAGUGGGUCGAGGGCCAGGGCUGCGCGAUCACUGGUUCUAGCAAUACCAUCCUCAUCGCCACAUAUGUGUAUACGAUGACUUUCGACUUCGUCGUCACCAUCUUGACAGCGUACAAGCUCGCCUUCAAGAAAGGCACUCGCAGCCAGUUGGUCUCCAUGAUCUUUGCCGACGGCUUGAUCUACUUCGUCAUUGCGUUCCUUUCUAACACAAUUGCUGUGAUCUUCCUUGUCCUCAAUUUAAACGCCGUAAUGUCCGUAAUUGCCGCUGUUCCGUCAGCUGUCGUCUCCACUAUCGUAGCCUGUCGCGUCGUUCGACGGCUGAGCAACUACACGAACAAGGGUCCAGAGAUGUUCACUCCCACACAAGGAUCCACACUCGAGUUUCACUCUGGACAGCGCAGUGCUAACAUCGCGGUGAACAGGUCACAGGGUGUGCACGUACAGAUGGACACCUUUGCCGUUGCGGACAAGGCAGAACACGUAGUCAAGGACGCAGAUUCUGACGUGGAGGCACAGGGGAUCCACGACGAUUUCAAGCGACCAGCUUACUAGGCUCUUCAGUCCUCUUUCACAGGUGGUAUAUAUAUCGUCUGCCUGUUCCUUGCCACUCUUUACACCGACACAUCCCUCACCCUGCGCGUAUCCUCCCUACCCGCAGGCUAAUUCCUUUCCGUCUUUCCGACUCUUCUCUUGGGGUAAAAAGUCUUGUUGCAUUUCCCUCGACGGGAUCGGAUUGUGGAUUGAGUCCAUAUUAUACCCAUCAAAAGCCUUCAUCGUUGUCAAAAGCUGUAUUACGGAGCGAGGCCCGUUCUUCCGUCUUCUAAAUCAGAAUGGUCGUAUGUGGCUCUCUUCCGUCGUUGCACAUUGUGUAUUUGUAGAAUUCAAGUUGGGAUACCUUGCUGUCCGAGCAUCAUUGGUCCAUUGUUCCGGAACGCCAAUCUCGAUAUUAUCUUCGG